AAUUCAUACAGCUGAGACGAUUGGUAUAUGAAAGUCGGCUCGGUGGGUCUUCUAUCAAAAAUUAGUUUUUGGAGUGAACAUAUAGCCUUUCGGCGUACGAGAAAGGCAAUAUAUACUUGCCUGAAGAGACUGUAUAAAUGAUCAAUUACAGAGCCAUCCGUCUGCCUUUAACUUUGUAGUAGUAAAAACCGGCUCAAUGAUGUAUCAGUUGGAAAUUUGAUCUCUAGGGCAUCGGACGCGAUUAUUCACGGCCAUUUAAGCAUCAGACGAUGUUAUCUGUUGUCCAACUGUUUUUGUUGAGUCUCGGAAUCUGUUUGGUUAGAAGUGAGUUGAACGAAACCUGCACAACCUCCAGCAAUCGUAUUGGCCGCUGUUUGGCACCUCGAGAGUGUCAACAUGUCAUAGAUAUUCUUCGAUCGGAUCGUAAUACACAUGAAGACUAUCAUUUCAUAGAUCACAACAAAUGUGGCCAGACUAGCGAUAGUCCUCCGAAACCACUGGUUUGUUGUCCGGUUAUUCAAAAUGUGGCAGGAUGUGGAGUUCCCAAACUAGCAAAUCGUAUUUUUGGAGGUGAAGAGACUGGUGUCGGUAUGUUUCCAUGGGCCGGAGUCAUUCAGUACCGUGUCAGUAAAAGAAGGUUUUCCAUAUACUGUGGAGCUGCGCUAGUGCAUCAUCGCUGGGCAUUAACAGCGGCACAUUGCAUCAUCAGCAUUCCGAGGAGCUGGUCAAUACACCGUGUAAGAUUCAACGAAUGGGAUACUACAAGGAAAGCCAAUUGCACCAUCAAAAACGAUAUUCAAAUAUGUAGAGCGGAAUACGAAAUAGAGGACUCAUUCUCCCAUCCAUUGUAUCUGGUCAACAAUCCGAACAUGAGGCACGACAUCGGAUUGCUGAAAACUAAACUGAAUGUCCUAAUAAACGACUAUGUGAUCCCUAUCUGUUUGCCAUUCAGCGAAAUCAUUAGACAACUGCCCAUUGCUCAGGAAGAGUUCGUCGUCACUGGUUGGGGACAAACUGAUCAAGGAACACCCGGCAUACAAAGACACGUGGUGCUGAUUGGACAGAAUAAAAGUAUCUGUGACGAAGCGUUCGGCUCGCAGAAAAUCGAGCUCACGGAAGACCAAUUAUGUAUCGGAGGUUCAGAGGGGCAGGAUUCAUGCCGCGGCGAUUCCGGAGGACCAUUAACGCGAGCGCAUGGUCUCGUCAACUAUCUCGUGGGAGUUGUCAGUUUUGGAGCGUAUAAAUGUGGCUCAAAAAACCAUCCUGGUGUUUAUACCAAUGUGGGGAAUUACCUGGAUUGGAUAGAAGAAACUAUAGUGACAAACUCUGCUUAGAGUGCGAAUUAACAAAUAAAUGAGUAAUAACCAUCCUA